UUGUGGCACUUAGCAAUGGCUGGGAAAGUGCUCUGGUUUUAAUAAAAGACCAGAGUUUUCUAAAAUUCUGUAUCGGCAUAUGUUAGGGCUGUCAUUUAAAAAUGCAAACAGCCAAGCCACUUUUUAAAGAGGGGCAAGAUGGGGAAUGUCCUCAAGGGCUAAGUUGGGGGUGAGAAUUAUAAUGCAGAACAGAAAGAAGUAUUGCUUUUCUUCUCUAUUUGCAGGAAAACCAAGAUUUAUUUAUUUUUUAGCUAGAGACAAGAAAAUUACAGAUGAAAAAGCCAGCAAAAACAAAGGAUUUUCCUUGGAGAUACAUAGAAGACAAGUCCUUACCAUGAAACCACUCACUGAAGAGGCUGUAGAACAAUACAUCCAGAAUAAGGUGGUCCUGAGGCACCGAGUGGUGGCCAAAACUGUGGAUGAAGUGCAAAAAAUCAUACAGCAGAUAACUACAGAAAUUAGCAACAAGGACUCUCGUUUCCAGGCGAUUUCCAGCUCUGGGAUUCAUAAUGAGAACAUAAAGGUGUUAUCACCCAACCAGUUCUUCAUCACUGUUCCCUUGGUUGGCCUGUCUGGAUACAAAGAGGGCCAGAUACGGCACUGGCGCUACUACACAACACAUGGAGCGAAGCUUCUGUCUCCUGUCAGGGACCCAGACGAACUGCAGCAGUGGCUGGAAGUGGAGCAGUUCUCCAAGAGCCUCCAGCAGUGGCAUAAGGCAGAUGUGAAUAUUGAGGGGGACCUCGUGCCUGCCAAAGUCCUGGCUGUCUUCCGAGACCUUGUGGAGAAAUCAAUCAUAUCUUCCAAUCUCAUGGAUAAAGUCAGCAUUUUAGAAGGCUUCAGCCCAGUGGUUCGUGUUGCUGUUGAGACUCCUGAUUUCCAGGUUGAGGUUGAACUGGCUCCAGCUAUUGAGAUCCCAACUUGUUGGCCUCGGAAAAUCAAGUGGCCCCGAUGUUUCAAGUGCUGGCCUUGCCAGGAAAAAGUGCAGUGCGUUAAGUCUUUUGGCUUUGACCUCUUGGCCUCUUCCAAUUACCACUGGUACCUGAGCUUCUCACGAGCUGAACACAUACUGAUGAAGGGACUUGAUGAGGACGGUGGCUGCCGCAUGAUGUGCUUCCGGGUUAUGAGGCAGAUGAAGGAAGAUGUCUGGUGUGCAAGAAAUAAGCCAUUCCUCACAUCUUUUCACCUACAGAUGGUACUUUUUUGGACCUGUGAGAAGUACCCUUACUCCAAGGACUGGUCCUGUUUCCGCAAAGGCUUCCUACGGAUGGUCCGGAAGUUGCACAAGUGUGUAAGCCAGCACUUCCUGAAGCAUUACUUCAUCAAAAACACCAAUCUGCUGAAAUAUGCCAACACCAAUGACCUGGAUAUGGUGGCAGGCAAGCUGGCUGUCUUCUUGGAAAACCCUGUGCUUCCUCUAGAUUGAGAGGAAUGGAUAUGCAGGUUCCUGAGCUAGGGUUUGCCCUGUUCCUUAGUUCUUCUGUGUGGCUAUCCCUUCAGGUGAUGAGCAGUGAGGACAGAGGCAAAUAGACAACAUCCAGAAGCAAACUCUUGCAUUCUGCCUCCCCAUGAUUAAUUUCCUUAAUUGGUACCUUUUUACUCUGGAGCCAGGCAGUCUUUUUCAAAUCUCCCACGAACAGAAAACGUACAAGUUAUUGAGCAAAGGAGAGUGGG